AUGGACGAUUUUUCCGACGAUGACUUCGAUACUCUCAAUGCGAACAUCCUACAGGAGCUCGAGAAUAAUGCCAUUCAAUUCACUCAAGCACAGAAGAAGUAUCAACAGUCUCAGACUCAGCCUCAAUUAGUUGAUGAUUUCGAAGAUGAUGACCUCGACGAUGCUGUCGUACAAGACGAACUGCGCGGAAAUUCUAUCCUACCAGAAGAAACAACCCAGCUACCAUCGAGGGUAGCUCCUCAACAACAAUAUCAACAAUAUCAACAAUAUCAACAACAAUGGGGUGGUCCGGUACCUAUUCCUACUAAUCACUUCCGCCCUCAGCCUAUUAAUUCAACCCCUCGAAAUCCCCUACCAGCUCCUACUACAUCCCGUCAACCUCAGCAACCUUUUCUCGCGCCCCAGCUCCAUCAUAUAGCCAAAUUCGUCCACCGCCUCCUUUACCCCGACCGGCUCCUUCUAUUCCUCCGAGAUACCAAGCCUCGCAAGCUCAAAGGCCUAAUGCUUACAACCAAAGAUGGAGAGAUAGGCAUUGUCCGGAAACGGUUGGAGAAGACACGCGAAGAUCACGAGCGCGAGCUUCAGGCACUUAAGAAGCAGGCAACCGAGCAGGUAUCAAAGCACGAAAGAGCUCUUGAAGCUGCCAAGGCGGCACAACAGGCCGCUUCUACAGAACUUGAAUUUACAAGGCGAGAUCUCAAAGACGAGCUAGAUCGUGCCAGGCGUAAAGAUGGACCCGCAACGCCUAAGAAGAAUGCCGCUGCCAAAUCGUGGGGUAUUGCGGAUGGAUUUGAAGAUGUAGAGAUGGCUGGUAGCCCGAGCAAGGGACGGCGUGGUAGGAAUACCGGUGCUGUAGCCGGCGCUAUGGUAGAACCGCCUGCAAGACUAACGAGAACUCCUACCAAAGGAAAGAGGAAACGACUUGCUGCCGAUAGUCCUAUCGCAGCACUAGAAACCCACUCGGAAGAUGCAAUCAUGCUGGAUCAUGCUGGUGUGAACGAUACUAGUAACGCACAAUUUACACACGUAGAUGCUCUACCUAGAGCUGCUUCCUUCGAUGUUGUAGCGGGUGCGUUGAUUGAGCGCAUUUCGCAUCAACUUGUCGAAAAACCACGUUGGGAAAUUGACCAGUAUAAGCAACGGGGUGUUCGAAACGCCGUACUUCGAACUCUGGCGGCCUUUGCAAGGUCCCCCUUCGGACUUGCGCAAUUAGCUAUUAAUGACUAUGCUAUUCCACGCCUUGUCACCCUGCUCUCCUCGUGUAUAGACGAGCUCUACGAUGGCGACAUGCGGUACGAAUCUUCGGAGGAUGAUGUUUCACAAAAGGAACUACAGAAAUUGGUAGCACGUUCGGUGUUACUAUUACAUACGAUCAUCACGAACCCCUUGACUGCUGACUUGGUGAAUGUGUCAGGGAAACUGGCCAAGCCACCAGGGGUAUCGCAGAAGUACUUGCUCAGUCUAGGAAGACUAAAUUUCUCAGAAGAUCUGGUAUCAGAAGAAACGGCAGAACUUGCGCAUGAAUUAUUGGAGCUAGCAGUAACACCGGAAGAGGGUGAGGAGUUGGGACGGUUCUUCGGGGGGUAA